AUGAAAGGAGCUGAAUUGCUUCACAAAGUGGUGAAGGAGCGGCAGGUCAAAAGCAGCACUCCGAAAAAGCAUUCUGUGUCUUUGGAGCGCUUAGAAGAGUCAUUUAAAAAGAUUGAGCAGCUGGAACGGAAGAUGGUGUCUCUGGAGGAGGAGACCGAGCGACUUAGGGAAGAGAAGGAGCACUUACAGGAGAGCAAGGAGGACCUAGCUCAUAACUGCUACAGACUGCAGGCCUCUCUAGACCAGUGUCGAGCUCAGGAUGCUGCUCGUUCUGAGACGGCCCAGGCCCAGGCUCUGCUACAGGCAGAGAGACACCGCAGUGAGAUCAUGGCUGUAGAAGGCCGCCUGGCUGCCUCCCAGAAAGAGGCUACUCGGCUUCAUCACAAGCUGCUCAAACUGAAGCAGGAGCUGGGAAUUGUACGUGCAGCCAGGGACUUCUAUAGGCACCGUGCAGCAGGGCCAACACGGGCUGCUGGGAUUAUGAACAACAUUAGCGGCAAGGUCAAAUUCAAAACAAGUCGACUCCGAGGUCCGCUACACCCGCACAGCCACCCAAGAGUCGGCCCCAAUCAAGCCAUCAGCUGGCACUGCCGCAGCCCCAGUCCUUCUAAGGAUGAGUGGGAGGACAUGAGCGCAGAAAGUGAUGAUGGAGAUGAGUACUCGGACAGCCUCGACAGUGCGACGUGCAAGAACGAGUUCAGAAAGCCACAUGCCCGCAGAAAGUCUUACAGGCCUGCACCAAUUUCAAAGACUAAAGAGCUGCUUGUAAACUCAUCUAGAAAUCGUCUUCGAAACCAAGAUGGGGAACAGCGUGAGUCCUGGGAUCGGGAAGGAGAGAACAGGAGGUGGAGGAGACAGACACAGAGGAAGAAGACGCAGGCCGGCCCCACCUCGUGUCUGCAGCAACACAUUCAGUCCCUACAGCGUCACGAAGACUUGCUUAGAAGAAGCAGGAACGAGGCCCUGGCAUCUGCCCGAGAUCUGCGCUUGGCCAACCAAAAGAUCACAGAGCAAUUCAACACCCUCACUGAGAAGCUGAGCAGCAGCAAGCUACUCGUACAGAAGCUGACCUUUGACUUGGCCGGAGUAGAACAACAGAAGAAAGUUGUGGAGAUGGAGCUGAAGCAGUGGAGGCAGGUCUCUCUACCUCCCAAACCUGCCCCAGUACCUGCCUUUCCCGUCCCCCCUGCGUGCUUCUGCCAAGGCCGACCGUGCCCACCUGACCCUGCCCUGACCGCCGUGCCUGCCCUGGAGGCUGAGGUCAAGCUGCUUCAAGUUAAACUCAAGAGCUCCGGUGCAGAGGUUACGAGGCAGGUGGCAGCUAACAAAGCCCUGCGAGGCCAGCUCCAGGAGAAGGAGGACAAGCUCCGCCAACUACAGGACAAAGCGGCCCGUGUAGAACGAGAUGUAAACAUGAAGCGACAGCUCGUGGAGGACCUGAAAACAAGACUGAAGUUUUUGCAAGAUCUGGAAAGCAGUUACCGCGGACAGGUGGAGGAUCUGGAGAAGAAGGUGAAGACGUGUGCAGAGGAAGCCACCAAUCGGAAGGCCUUUAUUGAAUCCUUGAAGAGGCGUCUGAAUGUGGCAACCGCAGAGAAAAGCCAGAGCGAGGCCGCCUGCACCAAACUGAAGGAGGACGUGGAGAAAAAGGAACAGCGCAUCCAUGCCUUACAGGCCAGAGUGGGUGCGAGUGAGCAUGCUAUGGCCGCCCUGGAGAAGACAGCCACAGAGCAAAUGGAGGGGCUGACCCAGCAGAGCUCCCAGGCCCUGGACCGGCUUCAGAGGCAGUUAGCCCAGGCCUUCUCUCAGCUCGAGCAGCUCCACGCUUUCAUCAAGGCCCUGGCCAGUGAAAUACUUUCAGACGUCAGUGAGGUCAAGCAGCAGCUGAUGAAGAAAAGGAGGCAGAGGCAGACCAGCGCUGUGGCAGCAAAGGGCGGCCUAUCAGCCCAGAGUAUGAUCAAAGCCAAGAGUAUCGCAGCCUCCAUCCUCAAUAUCUCUGAGAACGAUCUAGCAGACAUAAUGGACAGUGAUCAGGAAACUGCUGAGUAUCCAGUGUGUCUUGGAGAUCAGCAGUGGAUGGAUCACUUGCAUCACAUACUUCAACAGAAGAUCCCCUCCGCCGUGCAGCUAAUGGAGGCUGUGCGCGUGAAGAUGAAGGAGAGGAAAGUGCUGACAGAAGAGCUGGCCGCUCUCGCCACACCAGUCAGCGGAAAAGCCUGA